AACUCUAUCUUACAACUACUUGUCCAAUAAAAUAUAAAUAUAUGCACCUGACCACACAAAACCACAUACAGCCGCCUCAGUCUUUCAACUAACCUCUUACCAAGUUUUGUUCAUUACUGAGUACUGUAUUCUCCAACUGGGUUGGUUUGUUUUCAUCAAUCAGAAUACAGAAGCUUGGUUCUCUCACUUUUCUAUACAAAAGCCACAGAAAGACUACUUGGGAUGGACUGGUACUAUGGAUGUGAAAGUAGUGAUUUUCUUGUUCCCAAAGAUCAAGAAGAUUUAUUGGAAAGGCAUCCUUCACCAGAAAAUUGGUCAGAAUGGGGAAUAAAUGCACCUGAAGGCUUUAAUUCACCCCAGGAGUAUUUGAUCAUGGACACAGAUGAAACAGAAGUAGAAUUCAAUUUCAUUGAUGAAAGUUUCAAAAAUGAAAUUGAGUUUGACCCUUGUCUGUAUGAUAAAGAUCAGUCUAGCAGUUCAAGUGCAUGUGGAGGAUUGCCUGAGCAAUCGUUUCAACAAACGGAACUUUCGUGUGAUCACCAGCUUCAAGACCAAUCAACUUUAGAACAGAAGGAUGACAUUUUCUUGGAUUCUGUACUUGAAGAUUUUCCAUGUGUUGAAAGCCUACGCAAAUCUUUCUUUUACCCUGAAAACCAGUGCAGCAACACAACUGGUGGAGUGCAGAAAGAUAUUGCAGCUUCAGGGUUUGUUCCAUGUAACUCAGACUCCAAGGAUUGCCUGGAUAUAGAGUUCAAUGAAGAUGACAUCAUGGUUGAGCAGUUAUCUCUUGAGGAAUUUACACUGCAGGGUUUUGAGAUGUUAAUUGCACAGUUCACUGAGAAGACUCGUAUUUGUUUCCGAGAUGCCCUUUACCGUCUUGCUAGAAAUACAAAACAACAUGCAGUAGAGGACCUGGAUGGAGAUCUUAACAUGCAUCAGGAAAUGCCAGACUCAGUUUACAAUGAUACCAUGAGGUCUGAGGACAGUAAACCAAUGGAAUCAGAGACCAACAGUAUUGACAGAGCAGUUGCAAAUCUCAUGUUCAACAAGAUGGAAAUUAACAUAAUAGAUCUUCCCCUUACAACACUAGUAAACUUGAAGAAAGAAGUAAUUGGAAGUAAAGGUCUUCAAGGAAAAAGCUCAAAAGCCUUGGAUGUGACAAAAAAAUCUCACUCUCCACACGCAGAAAAGUUACCUGCUGAUGCUGAGGUUCCAAGGUUUGAACCAGAGGAUCAACAAGAAGCCACAGAAUCAUAUAUUGCCUAAGAAGUCAUUCAUGGUUGAGUUUGGUUAAGUAAUGUUAUUGUGAGCUGCUUUCUGGUAGCUAAACCAAAAAUAUGAAAAAUCAAUUUCCUGUAAUUUUGGAACCCUUAAGAUAAAAGAGGCAAGGAAAUUUGACGAUUUUGGUUUCUGUGAUCUUACGUGUAUAUAUGCUUUUGCACUUGAAUUAUUUGUUUUCUGUAGCUUCUACCCAAGGGCUAGCCUUAUCCAUCCAGCUACAUCUUGAUUUUGAUUGCAAUGUAAAUGAUUGAAUUGAUCAACUAGCAGUUAACAAAGAUAGGAUCAAUUCAGGAUUCUUAGGUGUUUUACACUUUGAUAUUUUUCUUGGAGUGCAAAUGAUUGAAUUGAUCAACAGUUCAACACUAGAAGUAGCAAAACUGGGGUCACUUCAGGAUUCUCAUGUGUUGUACUUGUACCCAUGAAUUUUUUCUUGGAGUGCAAAUGAUUGAAUUAGGUAGGGUCACUUAAGGAUUCUUAGGUGUUGUACACCUUGAUAUUUUGCUUGGAAUGUAAGCGUGUAUUUAUCAACUA